AAGAAUACAUUAUGUUUCUGCAUCCCACAGUUCUGGGAUGAUAAUUACCUCCAGUGGAAUCCAUCGGACUACCCAGGUGUGACCAAUGUGAGAUUUCCUGACCAUCUUAUAUGGAAGCCAGACAUUCUGCUGUAUAACAGUGCCGAUGAACGAUUUGAUGCGACUUUCCGCACCAACAUUCUGGUCAGCUCUUCUGGCUCCUGUUCCUACAUACCUCCAGGGAUCUUCAAGAGCACCUGCCACAUCGACGUGCGCUGGUUCCCCUUCGAUGUCCAGAGGUGCGAGCUGAAGUUUGGCUCCUGGACGUACGGGGGCUGGUCUCUGGACUUGAAGAUGUUGGAGGCUGACGUCACGGACUACAUCCCCAACGGAGAGUGGGACCUCGUCGAGGUUAUCGGGCGGAAAAACAAUCGUUCCUACGAGUGCUGCGAGGAGCCGUACCCCGACGUUACCUACACCUUGGUGAUGAGGAGGCGGACCCUCUACUACGGCCUCAACCUGCUCAUCCCGUGUGUCCUCAUCUCCACUCUGGCGCUGCUCGUCUUCCUUCUGCCCGCCGACUCUGGAGAGAAGAUCUCACUUGGCAUUACAGUGCUGCUCUCCCUGACUGUCUUCAUGCUGCUGGUUGCAGAGAUUAUGCCCGCCACAUCAGACUCGGUGCCGUUAAUAGCUCAGUACUUUGCCACCACCAUGGUCAUCGUUGGUCUCUCAGUAAUUGCGACAGUUCUGGUCUUACAAUAUCACCACCAUGACCCCGACGGAGGCAAGAUGCCAAAGUGGACCCGCGUGAUCCUGCUGAACUGGUGCGCCUGGUUCCUGCGCAUGAAGCGACCAGGUGAGGAGCGCGUGCAGUCGGCGUGUCACAACAAGGCCACGCGCAGCAGCAUGACCAGCGUGGAGCGCAGCGCCGGCGCCUCGGGCCCCAAACCCACCAACGGCAACGUGCUUUAUGUUGGCAUCCGGGGCCUGGAGAGCAUCCACUACUCCGCGGCCGCCACCCCGCCCGACUCCGGGUUGCUCUGUGCGCGGCUGGCCGGGCGAGCGGGCGAGGAUGAGAUGCUCCUCCCCGCGUGUCAGGGGUCAUCGGCGGGCAGCGUGGAACCAGAGCUGGCCAAGAUCCUGGAGGAGGUGCGCUACAUCGCCCGGCGCUUCCGUGACCAAGACGAGGACAAGUCGGUGUGCAACGAGUGGAAAUUCGCUGCGUCGGUUAUCGACAGACUUUGUCUCAUGGCGUUCUCCCUCUUCACUAUCCUCUGCAGCAUUGGGAUGCUCAUGUCAGCACCCAACUUUAUAGAGGCCAUUUCCAAAGACUUUUUCACCUCAGGACACAAAUAAAAGCCUUUAGCAAUCUCUCCUGUCACAGAGUAACUAUUUGUCAACUCAUGUGGCGGUGAUAGUUAGGGCUGCUAUACGGGACUUGUAUACCGCCAGAUAUUUAACCACACAAAGUCAAAUUGAGGACUUCAGGCAAAUUACACUACUGGUCAAACGUUUUAGAACACCCCCAUUUUUCCAGUUUUUAUUGAAAUGUAAGCAGUUCAAGUCCUGUGAAUAACCUGAAAUGGUACAAAGGUCAGCAAAAAACUGCCAGAGGUUAAACAAAAAAGUUUAGGUUACCAAAAACGGGUAAUGGUCUUUUUGUUUACAUAUUAACAAAUAAAAAAAUGUCAGACAUACAAAUAUAUAUAUUAAUAUAUAUAUAUAGAUACAUACACAUGCACACACAAAACGGGACACAAUGAUAUAUAUAUAUAUAUAUAUAUAUAACAAAAACAAGCAAUGAGUUAUCCACUUGCAGCUGUUCUGGAAGUAAAUGAAGCCUUACAGUUGAUGCUAACAAUUGCUACACGUGUCUCAACUUGUGUUAAUUAUUUACAAACCUGUCUGUAUCAAAGCAGUGUGGGAACAGACUGUGUUACUACAACCUCUGAAGCAUUAUUUGGAUAGUAUUGUUCUACAGGAAGUAGAAUAUUGCUCUUAUAAUGUCAAGAAACAGGCAAUUAACAAAGGAAGACAGUCAGACCAUUACAACCCAUACAAGUGCAGGUCUUUCCUUUAGGUAAAUUGAGGUGUUCUACAACUUUUGACUGGUAGUAUAUAUGUAAGGCAUACAUAGUUUAAUAUAUGCCUUCCAUAAAAUGGUGAAAAUAACCAGUCUUUGCCUUUUAUAUUCCACAGCCUCGUGGCAUAUUAAAGGAAAACAUCAGCAUUGUAUCCUCUUGUUCUGUUUUGAAAUGACUAAGAAGUACUGAUCCUUCAACACAUUGUUUAAAUUGUGUAACAUCUACAGUGGAUGCAAUUGUGGUUUUGUCAUGUGAUGUUGAUUGUGUAUUAUUGUUUAUUACAAUGCAAUGACAAUUAACAAUAUUCUCACUAAGAUCUACUCCGUAUACAAAAUAUUACAGCUAUGGCAUAUUGUUAAGAAUUGUUUUGAUGUGAUGUUGUAAGUUGCCUUUCUAAAAAUACAAGUUAUAAUGUCAGCAACCCUAACCCUAACCCAUGGUUGUCUUAGUUAUUGCUUCUUGCUGAUUUUA